ACUGCGGAGCUCGAGCUUCGCGCGCCUGCCUGGGAAAACACUACAGCGGUGCCCUGACUCCUCCUGUCCAGCAGGGGGCGCGGCCCCGGCCGCUCCCGCAUGCGCAGUGCGCUUGGUGUCAGACGCCCCGGAGCCCGGUCGCCUGCCCGGCGCUGGCUGCUGGCUUCCCUAGACUCGGCCGUGGCGGUGGCGGCUGGCGAUUCGGCGCGAUCAGACCCGGGCGGAGGUGCCCCGCGCCACGCGGCAUGAGCCGGUGACCGAGCGCGGGGCCGAACGGGAGGCAGCCGUGGCUGAGGAGUGUGAGGAAGAGGCUGUCUGUGUCAUUAUGUGUGCGUCGGUCAAGUAUAACAUCCGGGGUCCUGCCCUCAUCCCAAGAAUGAAGACCAAGCACCGAAUCUACUACAUCACCCUCUUCUCCAUUGUCCUCCUGGGCCUCAUUGCCACCGGCAUGUUUCAGUUCUGGCCCCAUUCUAUCGAGUCCUCCAAUGACUGGAAUGUAGAGAAGCGCAGCGUCCGUGAUGUGCCGGUGGUCAGGCUGCCGGCCGACAGUCCCAUCCCAGAGCGGGGGGAUCUCAGUUGCAGAAUGCACACGUGCUUUGAUGUCUACCGCUGUGGCUUCAACCCAAAGAACAAAAUCAAGGUGUAUAUCUAUGCUCUGAAAAAGUACGUGGAUGACUUCGGCGUCCCUGUCAGCAACACCAUCUCCCGGGAGUAUAAUGAACUGCUCACAGCCAUCUCAGACAGUGACUACUACACUGAUGACAUCAGCCGGGCCUGCCUGUUUGUGCCCUCCAUCGAUGUGCUUAACCAGAACACACUCCGCAUCAAGGAGACAGCGCAAGCCUUGGCCCAGCUCUCUAGGUGGGAUCGAGGUACAAAUCACCUAUUGUUCAACAUGUUGCCUGGAGGUCCUCCAGAUUAUAACACAGCCCUGGAUGUCCCCAGAGACAGGGCCUUGUUGGCUGGUGGCGGCUUUUCUACGUGGACUUACCGGCAAGGCUACGAUGUCAGCAUUCCUGUCUAUAGUCCACUGUCGGCUGAGGUGGAUCUUCCAGAGAAAGGACCAGGUCCACGGCGAUACUUCCUCCUGUCGUCUCAGGUGGGUCUGCAUCCUGAGUACAGAGAGGACGUAGAAGCCCUCCAGGUCAAACACGGAGAGUCAGUGUUAGUACUCGACAAGUGCACCAACCUCUCAGAGGGCGUCCUUUCUGUUCGUAAGCGCUGCCACAAGCACCAGGUCUUCGAUUACCCACAGGUGCUACAGGAGGCUACUUUCUGUGUAGUCCUUCGUGGAGCUCGGCUGGGCCAGGCAGUAUUGAGUGAUGUGUUACAAGCUGGCUGUGUCCCAGUUGUCAUUGCAGACUCCUAUAUUUUGCCUUUCUCUGAAGUUCUUGACUGGAAGAGAGCAUCUGUGGUUGUACCAGAAGAAAAGAUGUCAGAUGUGUACAGUAUUUUGCAGAGCAUCCCCCAAAGACAGAUUGAAGAAAUGCAGAGACAGGCCCGGUGGUUCUGGGAAGCGUACUUCCAGUCAAUAAAAGCCAUUGCCCUGGCCACCCUGCAGAUUAUCAAUGACCGGAUCUAUCCAUAUGCUGCCAUCUCCUAUGAAGAAUGGAAUGACCCUCCUGCUGUGAAGUGGGGCAGCGUCAGCAAUCCACUCUUCCUCCCACUGAUCCCACCACAGUCUCAAGGGUUCACCGCCAUAGUCCUCACCUACGACCGAGUAGAGAGCCUCUUCCGGGUCAUCACUGAAGUGUCCAAGGUGCCCAGUCUAUCCAAAUUGCUCGUCGUCUGGAAUAAUCAGAAUAAAAACCCUCCAGAAGAUUCUCUCUGGCCCAAAAUCCGGGUUCCACUGAAAGUGGUGAGGACUGCUGAAAACAAGUUAAGUAACCGUUUCUUCCCUUAUGAUGAAAUCGAGACGGAAGCUGUUCUGGCCAUUGAUGAUGAUAUCAUUAUGCUGACCUCUGAUGAGCUGCAAUUUGGUUAUGAGGUCUGGCGGGAAUUUCCUGACCGGUUGGUGGGCUACCCGGGUCGCCUGCAUCUCUGGGAUCAUGAGAUGAAUAAGUGGAAGUAUGAGUCCGAGUGGACGAAUGAAGUGUCCAUGGUGCUUACCGGGGCAGCUUUUUAUCACAAGUAUUUUAAUUACCUGUAUACAUACAAAAUGCCUGGGGAUAUCAAGAACUGGGUAGAUGCCCAUAUGAACUGUGAAGAUAUUGCCAUGAACUUCCUGGUGGCCAACGUCACGGGAAAAGCAGUUAUCAAGGUAACCCCACGAAAGAAAUUCAAGUGUCCUGAGUGCACAGCCAUAGAUGGGCUUUCUCUAGACCAAACACACAUGGUGGAGAGGUCAGAGUGCAUCAACAAGUUUGCUUCGGUCUUCGGGACCAUGCCUCUCAAGGUGGUGGAGCACCGAGCUGACCCUGUCCUGUACAAAGAUGACUUUCCCGAAAAACUGAAGAGCUUCCCCAACAUUGGCAGCUUAUGAAACGUGCCACUGGUGGAGGUGUGAAUGGGAGGCUCGGAUAGGGAGAGAACAAGGCCUGCCAGCACUCCGAUGUCAGAGUAGUGGGUUAAGGGUGGAAGGCUGACCUACUUGGAUCUCGGCACAUACCCACCUAACCCACUUUCUCAAGAACAGAAACCUAGAAGGAAUAUCCAAGGACCUCGAGCUAUGCCACCUCUGUUCUGUAUUUUUUAUGAUCUCCGAUGCGUUCUUCUAAAAAAUGCCAAGUGGAAGCCUUUGCAGCAUGCUCUAGGUUUAAAUCCAGCUGAGGCUCCCUUUGUUUUCAGUUCCUGUAUAACAAUCUAGAAGGAAACUUCACAGGCUGUAAGACUGCUGGAGAAGAGAAACCUGUCAGCCUAUGUUAGGUCUGGGGAAUCAUGUAAAAGGUGCCCGGAAGUCACUUUCAGUUGCUUACAUCAGUGAGUUCUUUGGAGGAAUAGCCAAGCCCAGAAUUUGGUGCAAAACGCAGGCAUCUUGGUGGGAUUUGCUAAAUGCCUUGGGACCCGGAGUGCCGGGACUGUUCACAGGAAGAGCACCAGCUGCUAAGUCAGGCUCCUGUCAGUUCCAUGAACUGUUCCUCUUUGGUUUGGCUUUUUGAUAUAAUUAAAAUCAUUUUUUAUUCCUUUUUCUA